AUGCAGGAGAAUACAGGAGAAAGCAGGAGAAGGCAGGAGAACUCAGGAGAAACCAGGAGAAAGCAGGAGAAACCAGGAGAAAGCAGGAGAAUACAGGAGAACAAAGGAGAAACCAGGAGAAUGCAGGAGAAUACAGGAGAAAGCAGGAGAAUACAGGAGAAAGCAGGAGAACACAGGAGAAAGCAGGAGAACACAGGAGAAAGCAGGAGAAUACAGGAGAAAGUAGGAGAAUACAGGAGAAACCAGGAGAAAGCAGGAGAAACCAGGAGAAUACAGGAGAACCCAGGAGAAUGCAGGAGAAACCAGGAGAAACCAGGAGAAAGCAGGAGAACACAGGAGAAAGCAGGAGAAAGC